AUGGAUCCAACUAUUUGCCAGACGGCAGCUAGAAUACUUCCACUUGGUGCAGGCAGCGAAGUGGGGCGGUCGUGCGUGGUGACUAAGUUCCAAGGGGUGACUGUUAUGUUUGACUGCGGGGUGCAUCCUGCGUAUACGGGAAUAUCCUCUCUUCCAUUCUUUGACCUCAUAGACCCAACGGAGGUAGAUGUAAUUCUUGUAACCCACUUCCAUCUGGACCAUGCUGGGGCCUUGCCGUACUUCACAGAGAGAAGUGGAUUUAAGGGAAAAGUGUACAUGACCCAUCCAACACGUGCGAUAUUUCGGUGGCUUCUGAAUGACUAUGUCCGUGUCUCAAAUGUUUCAUCUGAGAAUGACCUGUUCACAGAGAAGGAGCUUUCCCAGUGCUACGACAGAAUUAUCCCGAUAGACUACGGGCAGGAAAUAACCCUGAAAAAUAUCACAAUAAUAGCGUACAACGCAGGGCACGUACUGGGGGCAGCAAUGUUUUUGGUUAAAAACGAGAAUAUUUCUCUGCUGUACACAGGAGACUACUCCAGAGAGGAGGACAGACACUUGAAGGCUGCUGUAAUUCCGCCAAUGCCCAUAGAUAUUCUUAUAUCUGAGUCAACGUACGGAGUGCAGUGCCACCAGAGCAAAGAAGAGAGAGAGCACAGGUUCAUAACGAGCGUGUCUGAUGUGGUGAAGCGGGGAGGAAAGUGCUUGCUGCCGGUGUUUGCCCUGGGGCGGGCGCAGGAGCUGCUUCUGAUACUGGACGAGUUCUGGGAGGCUCGGAAGGACCUGCAGGGAAUUCCCAUUCUCUAUGCGUCUGCACUGGCAAAACGGUUUAUGGCUGUGUACCAGACAUAUUUGAACAUGAUGAACGACAGAAUACAGGGCAUGGCAGAGAUCAGCAAUCCGUUCCACUUCAAGCACGUGCAGAACAUUAAAAACAUUGAGGCAUACGAGGACCGAGGGCCUUGCGUAAUGAUGGCAUCCCCGGGUAUGCUGCAGAACGGCCUCUCUCGAGAUCUUUUUGAGAUGUGGUGCGGAGAUAAAAGAAAUGGCUGCAUUAUACCGGGAUACUGUGUAGAAGGAACCCUGGCUAAGGACCUUCUUUGCGAGCCAGAUGAGAUAACCUCGCUGAAGGGGAACAAGCUGGUUGUGCGGUCGUCGAUUGACUACAUUUCAUUCAGUGCACACGUGGACUUUUUGCAAAACGCAGAGUUCAUUGAAGGGUGCAAAGUAUCUGAGGUGGUGCUUGUGCACGGAGAGUCAUCAGAGAUGAAUAGACUGAAGAGUGCACUAGUGCACAGAAGUGAGGCAAAGAGCGAGAACAUCACAAUACACACGCCAAGAAAUGGGGAGUGGGUGCAUAUUAAAGGCACAGGAGAGCUCAACGUAAAGUACUUGGGGACAGAGAUGCCAGACGAGUUCUCUGGGUUCAUGCACAUAGCAGAGGACGGAAAGGUUUCUGUUGUGGAGAGGGAAAGCAUCUCCAAGCUUGACAUCUCAGAGAUAAAAAUAGUCGAGAAGGCAAAGAUGCAGGGCGUAUCUUUCCAGCUGCUGAUCAGCCAGAUUGACCGGAUCUUUGAUGAGCACCCGGAGAUAAAGGAGUGGGAGAAUAAGAGGUGCAUGGAAGUGGAUGGUGUGCUAAUAUACGAGGACGCAGAGGGAUCAAUAACCAUCCAGUGGAAGAGUGCAUUUAGGACUGACGUAUUGGCAAACUGCAUAAUCAAGGCAAUUAAUGACACUGUCCUGGGAAAAAACUCAGUGCAGAUUCCACUGAAUAAGAAGAAAAAGGAAGAAGACAGUGACCAAAAAGAGUGCACUGAGGAGCCAGCUAAGCCUGUUCCCUUUCCAAAGCACUGCCUGUCCACGGUAGCCCAGAUUCUUUCGAACUACUUUACGCUGUCAAGAGAAAAGGACACUCUGGAAAUUAGAGACAAAGAAAAGUCAGUUGUUCUUUCAAAAGACGGCCUGACAGGAGAUGAGUCCCUUGCAAAAAUAGUCCAGGAUGUAUUCGAUAAUAUCUCAUGGGCUGUCAAAGACGAAGAGAUCUCAGAUACUGAGGACAAAUAA